AUGGCCUCUUUGCGUAGUCAUUUCGCGCGCGCGGACCGGGUGGUCGCCACGGUUCUGGUUAUUGCCAUAUUGGCCUACAUCGGCUGGAGAGCAGUUACAUCGCCGGAGCAGGCCCUGCAGUUCGGUUUCAAUGGAGUUUCCGUAGGCGCGGUGUACGCGCUCAUGGCAAUAGGGUUUACCCUGGUUUACAGCACGGUGUGGUUCUUUGACUUGUACUAUGGCGCGGCCGCCGCGCUGGGCGCCUACGGGGUGUUCUACCUCAGGUCCCAGGAAUGGCUCGGCGGUCAAUACCAGGUCAAUACCCCCGUCGUGAAUGUAUUCUUCGCGCUGCUCGUCGUUGGUGUCGCUGCCUGGGCAAUCUAUGCGGUGCUUCGUGGCAGGUUGCGGGGCCGAAUCAGCGAUACAGUCCUCAAAAUCACCGUAGGAUUGCUUGCGAUUGGCCUCGGAGUUUAUACCUGGGCAAUUCUGACCUACCCCAGGGAACUUCACCAGGUCUUUGGCCCGGCAGUGGCAAUUGCGGUCGGCAUCGGUUUUGUAUUGAUUCUCCGAGCCCUUUACGAGAGGGUGGCAGGCCGAACCGGAUUGCGUGUCUGCACUGCAGUUGUCGGCGUUUUGGCAGUGGCCCUGGCCCUGUUUGUAGGAAGCUACAUCUUCCACUCACCUGGAAGCAAGCUUUACCUCAGUUGGGUUGUCUCGAGCCUUCUGGCCGGGACGGUCGCGCUGGCGCUUUACCGUGGCCUCUAUGUUCAUAUGCGCCAACGGUCCAGGUCGCCAUUGAUAAUGCUGGUGGCCUCGCUGGGUAUCCUGUUGGCGCUGUCCGCUGCAAUUUCGAUAGUGUUCGCGAGCGCCCCCCGACCCCUCCCCGACCCCUUCGGCACCGUGCCAUGGACUAUUGGCGGCGCAUUCGUCAAGGGGUUUAAUUUCUUUGUCGUCGGGGUUGCGAUAGCAGGAUUCCUGGGAUUAUACGGCGUGCUGAAGUGGACUUCAUUUGGUCGUGCGGUCCGGGCCAUUGGCGAUGACGAGGAAGUUUCCAAAGUAGUGGGCAUCAAUACCACUAUGAUUAUCGCCAUAGUCUUUUUCGUCGGAGCCAUAUUUGCGGCAAUGGCCGGUAUCCUGAGUGGUCACGACACGGCAAUUCAACCCCGUAUGGGCCUGUUGCUGCUGUUGAAGGGUUGGAUAGCUUCCGUCGUAGGCGGGAUUGGCAACUUGUACGGGGCAAUUCUGGGCGGAUUUAUCCUGGGCGUCAUCGAGCAAUUUGCCAUUUGGGACCUGGCGGGCGAGUGGAAAGACGUGGUGGCCUUCGUGUUGUUGAUCCUUUUCUUGUCUUUCUGGCCCCGGGGACUUCUACCGAGGAAGUGA